UCUUCACGACGGAAGUUAGACGGACGGGACUUACGGAGCUUUCCCUCGCUAAAUCCCGCCGCAGAUAAGUUCCGUGGAUGCGCCGGGGCUUAUGGAGAGCCCAACAUUUGGAAGACCGAAGUAGCUGUAUAUAAUGUCCAUGUCUUGCUCUCUUCAAUGUUAGUCUCCAUCCCACGACAUCCCCACCCAUACUGGCAAUCUCAAACGCCCGCCAUCACAACCCACAAAAGCCACACUCCGCAAAUCUUGAAGCUUCAACCAUGACACCACCUACCACAACCACAACGACACCACAACCACCCAUCGCCAUCGUAGGCGCCGGCCCCAGCGGCCUCAUCCUCGCGCGCCUGCUCGAAAACGCUGGGAUCGCGUACACGGUCUUCGAUCGCGACGCCUCCGCCUCCUCCUCCGGCGGCCAAGGCGGCACCCUCGACAUCCACGUCGCCGACGGGCAACAAGCGCUCAAAGAAGCGGGCCUGAUCUCCCAAUUCCGCGCCCGUGCCCGCGGGGACUCGCCCACGAUCAUGAUGGACAAGACUGGAAAGGUCUUUCUCGACUCUGCCAUGUUUGCUUCGCAGGAGGUGGAGGGCGAGAAGGCGCAUGCGGAUCGGCCGGAGAUUGAUCGGAGGGAUUUGAGGGAUUUGCUGUUGGGGUCGAUUCCGGAGGGGAGGGUGAGGUGGGGGGUUCGGGUGCAGGAGGUUUUUCGGGGGCAGGAUGGGUUGAUGGGGAUUCGGUUUGUGGAUGGGCGUGUGGAGGCUGGGUUUCGGCUGGUGGUCGGGGCGGAUGGGGCUUGGUCGAAGGUGAGGCGUUUGGUCACGUCCGCAAAGCCGCAGUACUCUGGCUUUCACUUCCUGACAACAAUCAUCAAACCCAGCAAUCCAUACCACUCGGCUGCUGCAUCUGUGGCUGGCAAGGGCAUGAACAUGAUGUGCGCGCAUGAGAAGCAGGUCGUGAUGGUGAAGCUCGGCGAUGAAUCCUACUACGUCGGCGUGGCAAUGGCGCUUCCAGAGUCAUGGCGACAGGAAAAUGCCGACUUGCUUGCGAACCCGUCGCAACUUGGAGCAGCUUUGGUCCGGGAUUACCUGGCGGACUGGCCACAAGCGCAGAAAGAUGUGGUCGGGCACGCGGACGAACAGUUCAGGCCUUGGCCACUGUACGCAAUGCCGACAGAGUCUUUGUCGUGGGAGACCGUUCCGGGUGUCGCGUUGGUCGGAGAUGCGGCGCAUCUGACCACACCUUUCGUGGGCGAAGGCGUGAACUGCGCCAUGUACGACAGCCUGCAACUCGCGCAACAGAUCGUGAAGCACGGCGUAGACGAUCUCACCGCAGCGGUGGCGGCGUACGAGAAGGAGAUGUUUCCUCGCGGCAUCGAUCUCAUCCAACGGAGUGCGAAGAGUGGUGAAUUGCUCUUCGCUCCCGAUGCGCCGAGGGGAUGGUUAAAGCACCAUGUCGGCAUUGAGGUCGACUAAGCGUUCUCUCGGUUUGACGUUUAGCAUCGUCUGUGGUUUCAGGUGGCGCAACGAAUAAUGA